GUGUUUUCUUCAGAAUAUGAACUUCAGGUCUCUGAGCUGACAACAAAACCUCCUGUCUGUUAGUAAAUCAAGAAAAAAAGAUGAAUGGCCAUGCAGCUGGAGGAGGUUCCUGGAGGGGUAGAGGAGGUUCUGCUCCAUGUAGAGGUGGAAAAGGCUCCGAGUCUGGUGGUGGUGGAAGAAAUGGAUGGAGAGGAAGAGGUUGGAAUGGAGGAAAGAACAGAGGAUGGAGAGGUCGUACAUGGGGAAGAGGCGGUAACAACUAUUCCCCCUGCAACUCACAACGAGGUGCAGGGAUUUCCUCACCAGUUCCCCGUUUAACCCAAGUAACACUUGACAUGACAUGUCCUUAUAAGGGAUGGAGGCUCUACUUUUCUGAAGGUUUUGUUGAAUCUACACCAUAUGUGGAGAAGAUAAAGGCUUUUGAACAAUACUUCACAUCACAAAUUGAUCUCUAUAAUAAGGAUGCAAUUGAAAGGAAGGGAAGCAUCAUGGUGGACUACAAAGAUCUGCUCCAGAAUAAACAGAUUUCUCAGACUGUGCCUGAUCUAGCCCAUGAACUCAAAGACAUGCCUGAAAAGAUACUGGACUGCUUGGGUUUAGCCAUUCAUCAGGUGUUGACAAAAGAUCUGGAAAAGCAUGCCAAUGAACUACAAGUACAGGAGGGGCUACCUACAGGCGCAACACCAAUUAUUAACAUACCGCACAUAAGUGCUAGGAUUUAUAACUAUGAGCCACUGACUCCACUGAAGCUGCUCAGGGCCAACUUAUAUGGCAAAUAUGUUGCUGUUAGAGGGACUGUGGUGAGAGUGAGCAACAUCAAACCUCUCUGCACCAAGAUGGCAUUCAUUUGUAACCUGUGUGGAGACACUCAAAGUGUAGCUCUGCCUGAUGGGAAAUACACUGUACCCACUAAGUGCCUGCAACGGGAAUGCCGCAGUCGAACAUUUACCCCAAACAGAAGUUCACCUCUAACUCUUACAGUUGACUGGCAGACUGUAAAGGUGCAGGAGCUGAUGUCAGAUGAGCAUGAGCGUGAAUCAGGACGUAUUCCUCGUACUAUUGAGUGUGAGCUUAAUCAAGACCUGGUGGACAGCUGUGUACCAGGAGACAUGGUCACCAUCACUGGAGUCAUUAAAGUAUCCAGUGAUGAAGGGUUUCGAAAAAAUAAGGACAAGUGCAUGUUCCUGUUAUAUAUUGAAGCAAACUCUGUGAGCAACUCAAAAGGACAAAAACAUAAAGCUACAUCCGAACAGGAGGGCCAGGAGGCAUCAGUAGAGUUUUCACUUAAAGACCUGUACGCCAUCCAGGAGAUUCAAGCUCAAGACGAUCUCUUCAAGUUAAUCGUCAAUUCUCUUUGUCCGGCCAUUUAUGGGCAUUUGCUUGUUAAAGCAGGAUUAGCUCUGACUUUGUUUGGAGGCUGUCAUAAAUACGUGGACGAUAAGAACCGAAUCCCUAUAAGAGGAGACCCACACAUUCUUGUUGUAGGAGAUCCUGGACUUGGCAAAAGUCAAAUGUUGCAGGCAGUAUGUAAUGUUGCCCCACGUGGUAUCUACGUGUGUGGAAACACCACCACUACAUCAGGCCUGACUGUCUCUCUAUCCAGGGACAGUGGCUCUGGAGAUUACGCACUAGAAGCUGGAGCUUUAGUGUUAGGAGAUCAAGGUGUCUGUUGCAUUGAUGAAUUCGAUAAGAUGGGAAGUCAGCACCAGGCUUUAUUAGAAGCUAUGGAACAGCAAAAUAUAAGUCUGGCCAAAGCUGGCAUCGUGUGUAGCUUGCCAGCUCGCACUUCCAUCAUUGCAGCAGCCAAUCCAGUAGGAGGCCAUUACAAUAAGGGGAAGACGGUAUCCGAAAACCUCAAAAUGGGCAGUGCUCUGUUAUCCAGAUUUGAUCUGGUGUUCAUCCUUCUGGACACGCCCAAUGAGGAUCAUGACCACAUGCUCUCGGAACAUGUCAUGGCUAUGCGUGCAGGGACCAAAGGAAUGAUCAGUGGUUCCACAGUUGUCAGAAGCUGCACACAGGACUCCAACGUAUCCAUCCUGGAGAUUCCAUCAGAAAAACCUCUGUCAGACAGACUCAAGGUGCACCGUGGCGAGAAUUUUGACCCGAUUCCCCACCAGUUAUUGAGAAAGUACGUGGGUUACGCCCGACACUAUGUGCACCCCACUCUUUCAGUAGAAGCUGCUCAGGUGCUGCAGGAUUUCUACCUGGAACUACGCAAACAGAACCAGUCUGCUGAUAGCACCCCCAUUACAACUCGCCAACUGGAGUCCCUCAUCCGUCUUACCGAGGCAAGGGCACGGCUUGAGCUUCGAGAGAAAGCUACUCAAAGUGAUGCAGAAGAUGUGGUGGAGAUUAUGAAACACAGUUUGACAGAUACCUACUCCGAUGAAUUUGGUCGCCUGGAUUUUGACCGGUCUCAGCUCGGGUCUGGGAUGAGUAACAGAUCCAAAGUCAAGAAGUUUGUUACAGCUUUGAACCAAAUUGCUGAGCGAACCCACAAAACCUUGUUUGAAGUUCAAGAUUUGAGACAAAUCGCUAAACAGCUUCAAGUUCAGGUGGUUGAUUUUGAGGGAUUUGUCAGCGCACUCAAUGAACAAGGUUACCUGCUAAAAAAGGGACACAAAACAUAUCAGCUCCAAACUAUCUGAAAUAAUUUAAUAAUUCCAAUACUGUACAGUAGUUUUAUCACUUCCAGAUCUUUCUAUUUCUUACUUUUGUGUUUUGUCAUGUUGUUGUAAAUGUGCUAAUUAUUUAUUGUAUCAUUUUCUUGUACUUAUGAACAAAAAUUUUUCCUACUAAAAAUUAAAGAAUAGAAAAGGAAA